AUUUUCUAAUACUAUAUGGUUGCCAGGGCGCUAAGACAAGCAUCUGUCUAUGGUUGCCAAGGCGCUAAAAAGACGAGCAUUAAGGGAUAUGGUUGCCAGGUGUUCAACUUCUUAAACAAGAGAUGUGAGCGUGCCCUUCUCAUGAGACGCAACCCCCGUGAGGUGACCUGGACUGUUCUGUAUCGCCGCAUGCACAAGAAAGGCACCCAGGAGGAAGUGUCCAAGAAGCGCACCCGCCGUAAUAUCAAGUUCCAGAGGUCUGUACAGGGUGCGUCUCUUGACAACAUCCUCGCCAAGAGAAACCAGAAGCCUGAGGUCCGCAAGGCGCAGAGAGAGCAAGCUAUCAGGUGACUAGGUUAACCAUGUUUACCCAUGUUUAAGGCAUAUUUUGCUGUGAACUUAACUUACUAUGUGUUCUUAUCACAUCUUAUAAAUGGAAGAUGGAAGAUGUAUAGCUGAUACUGAUAUUAAUAACACAAAUUCAAUAGAACCUCAGGAAAACAAUAGGCAAAACUUGUGUACCAAACAAUUUUUUUUCUUUUAUAUAGCAAUUUAAAGGUAUAGCUUUAGAAAUAUGUUAAACUCUAAUUAAUGCUGUAAUCAGCUCAAUAAGAAAACAGGAAAACAGUCUUUAAAGUUAAAAUUGAAUUUCUUC